AUGGCCUCAGCUCCAGCACAGCAGCCCACUCUGACUGUUGAACAGACCAGAGUGGUUUUGAGUGAGGUGAUCCAGGCCUUCUCUGUACCAGAGAAUGCUGUACGGAUGGAGGAGGCUCGAGAGAGUGCGUGCAAUGACAUGGGCAAGAUGCUGCAGCUUGUGCUCCCUGUGGCCACCCAGAUUCAGCAGGAGGUUAUCAAAGCUUACGGAUUCAACAACGAGGGGGAAGGGGUCUUAAAAUUUGCCCGACUAGUCAAGAUGUAUGAAACACAGGAUCCUGAAAUUGCAGCAAUGUCUGCAAAACUGAAGUCUCUUCUGUUGCCACCCCUUUCCACGCCACCUAUAGGAGGUGCCAUUCCAGCGUCAUAG